AUGAUAGAUCACAUUUUCAAUAGAAAUGGUUUAUUCGUGCUAAAAGCUAUAAAUAAACCCGUCACAUAUCAAUACCUACAACAACUACCGUCUGAUAAAUCAAAGUAUCUUUGUUUAUAUAAGAGAUUUUACCGUUUACGGAACUACAUAUCUAAUGAUACAAGAGAAAUCAAUCGAUAUGUUGAUACUUUAAGAUGGAAAUUCACUCGAGAAGAUUUUAACAAGAGAUUAGCUAUGAUAGACCAGUCACCCUUAAAUAACGAUGAUAUGUUCGAAAGGUUUAUCAAUACCCUAAGUUUUGUGAAUAAUGCCACUGUAGCUUUACCGGAAAAUAUCCCUGAAAAACCUAUCAAUUUCAUCCAAGAUGUCAAGAAACCUCAGAGAAUGGAACGGUCAAUCAUAAAAACAAUUCUAGAUAUGCAAUUAUCAAAACCUGAUGACAUUAAGUACGAUACAUCCUAUAAAUGGUUUAAAGAAACAGAGGAAUUGUAUGAAAAUUUUCCUGAAGAGAUAUCCAAGAAGAAUUUCAAAUCAACAUUAUCAAAAAUUGGUAUUAUAGGAUUUCAUAAUUAUGAAUUGAAUUUAAUGAUGUUGAAUAAUUCAUAUAAUUUAAUGCUAUGA